GCCCCCGUGUCUGUUAUUCUGACUGUCUGUGGGUCUAUCUCUCUGUCUGCGUGUCUGUCUGUCUGUCCCUCUCUCCGCCUGCGCUGUGCUGCUGCUGCUGCUCCGCCGCUGUCCGCGGUUGUUCUGACGGGUCAUGCCCGCGUUCCGUGUGUGCACAUUCCCGGGGUGCGCGUCCAGCAGCAGAGUGCAUAAAAACCUCACAUUCUUUAAAGUGUGGCCUCAUAAGAGCUGGACUCGGUUUCUGGUAAACCACGGACACAGCGGCAGGGUCUACAACACCACCUGCCUCUGCAGCCUGCACUUCACCCAGGACUGCUUCAGUAAUUUCUCUCAGAGAGCCAGCGGCUUCGCUAAAACUCUGAGUCUGAGGGACGGAGCCGAGCCCACGGUCUCUCUGCAAAACUCCGGAGAACAGCACAGCCUCCACACACAGCAUGAGGAGCCAGGAGAGACCAUGCGCAGUGACAAUGAUGGGGGGUCAUUGUGGCUAUGCCCUUUGUGUCAGGAAGGUGAAGCAGGCCGUGAUGCUUUGGCUUCGCACUUAACGGAGAGACACAGCGUGCUUCCCUCUUGCAUUCAUAAGCUACUGGACACUGUGGUACCCGUUAAUCACCCCAGUGAUAAAGAUGGAGAAUCCAGCACUCAAAGCGAUACCAAUGGCAUAUCACAGCAGACGUGUUCAGAAAAUACCAGCUCCCCUUUAAUGGCUUCUGAGACUGAAGGUGAACCUAUGGAUGCAAAUGACAAAGAUGGUACUUCCCAGCAAAGAGAAGUGGAGGAUGAAAGAGGAGGAGUACAAAAUGAGGAAAGUGACUUGGGUGGCUUGGAGUCAGAUCAACCGAGUAUUACCCAAGCUGCAAAAACAUCAGAAGCCUCUGUCAACAAUGAUAAGUCUGUUGCUGCAGAAAGUGACAUUAACCGUCCAUUUAAGUGUCAUGCAUGCCUGGAGUUCUUUCCCACUAGAUCGGCACUGAGUGUGCAUUAUAAUUCAAACACCCAUAUUCAAAGGAUGAGAACAGGAGGAGCGAGUGAAGCUGACUGUCCCACCCUGUUCUUUCCUCGCCCUUACGUCUCCAACAAACCAUAUCAGUGUGCUGUGUGCCGUGUCUCCUACAACCACGCCAUCACAUUGGAAAGUCAUUUAAAGUCUGUGCUCCAUCAGAGUCGGACAAGAAACGCUGGAAAUGCUGCUACUAGUUCCUCGGCAAAUCCAGUAAGCGGAAGCACUGUGGCAGCCUCCAACUUAACGGUCACCUCUGUGGCUAAUGCCACACAGGUAGCUUUUGCCACAACCAGUAAUUCUGUUACACAAGCAAGUCUGACUCCAUCGACAGCGAUGACCAAAGACGGAGAACAGGUUCAGCCUCAGCUAGCUCCCUCAUUGCUUUCCUCUCCAGUAGCUUCAGCACAAGCAGUGUCUGCUUUUCUUACUCUCUUAACCUCCAGCCCAAACUCUCUUCCACACUCCGUGCACCCCUCUCUCAUUGCUGCUGGGGCAGGUGCUACCCCAAGCACAACACCUCCUCAGCUAAUACCACAGCCUCAGAUGCUUAUACCCCUUAUACUAAAUGGACUCCAAACCCAAAGUCCAAACCCAGAGUCCCCAAAACAACUUUUGCAGCAGACUGUGCCAGUCCUUGGUCUCAGUGCAGCACAACAGGCUCUCCUAGCCCAAGGUCUUAGUGGUUUACAAAGUCAGUGGUCUACCCUUGGACCUUCCAGUGUGGCUCAAGUAACUCCAGAAGAAAAUGGCAGUGCGGUUGAGAAGGUUGAAACCAACCUAAAAAAUGACAUUAAACAGGAGCCCAAUGGUCAAGAAGUGCCGCAGAAAACAAAGGAGGCGUGCACAGGUGAUCUAGCAAAAACUGCUAUUUGCAAGGUGGAGCCUAAACAAGAGUGUGAGAAUAAAGUUAAGGAUCACAUGAAGAAUGAUGAAAUGGACCAUGAUGGCACAGCUGAAGAGGAGAGUGUGGAAGAAAAUGCAAAAAGAGUUCUAAAUACAGAUGCUAAUAAGGCCUCAGCUGCCGAAAUCCUUCCGUGUAGUAGCCCAUCAUUGGGUCUUAGCGAAUCUAGUCAGUGUACCACAAACAACCAACACCAUACUGUCAAUAGCCCUGAGUUAAAAGCUUGUCCUGCGAAGUGCAGCCCUUCUAACACUAACAAUGCCUUAACUUCCUCAGGCCAUAUGAGUGCUAAAUCUCGUCCGUGCUUGUCCUCAGGGCCUCCGGCGCUAACUGAGUUUCAGUCUCAGGUUCUGUGGGCCUUUCUUGAGUCAAGAAAUGAGUCUGAUGCAGCUAGUCCACCAAGAGAAGACUGUGAAGCCCUUGGCAGAGAAGUAGGGCUAAGUGAGGAGGAAGUACGAAAAUGGCUGAUGGAUGCCCGUCACGCCAAAGAGUGCAGGCAGAGUGCAGAAGCAAUGGAUGAAGAUGAGAUGGAAGACAGCAUUGAAGAUGAAGAAGGUGCUCUAAUGAUAGAUGAAAGUGAGUAUGCACAGAGUCCAUCAGUAACAAGCAGUCAUGCAAUGGAUCUGUCCAGCAGUGCAGAGAGACACAAAGACAAUUCCUGUUUGACCUCUGACUCAGAAGGCGAAGAAUUCUACACCUCUGUUAUUGUAACAGAUGAAGAGAGUCAAAGUAGCUCUUUAAGGGAAGAGCCAGGGAGCCCAGUUAAACAGGCUUUGCAGGUAGAGACUUCAGGUGAAAAGACAAGUGGUGGAGGAAAGGUUCUCCGCUCCACUACAGUCUUUCUCUCGGAUGCAGAGGAUGAUGAAGAUGAUGAUCAGGCUGCAAAGAGCAAAAAGAGAAAGAGGGAGAUUGAUAAAGAGGAGAUGGAAUGCAAAAAGGAGAGGCAGGAUGCUGAUCUUGAUGUUCAGUUAGAAGCCCAAGCUGACCCGCCUACUCCCCUGUCAGUUACAGUUGACCAUCAAAGUCUUCCAACUGGAAUCUUGCAGCCCUUGCCACUUUCCCUUUCUCUGGCUCCAUUUUCCACACAGCUAUUUAGUCCCUAUGUUCUUUCAGUUCCUUCGUCUGUCGUUGGAGUUGGUGUUUCUGAUGGAGACCGAGCCAAAGUAGCAACCUUUACGAAUCCCCCAACUGUUGUUCGAAGCCAGGCUCCGUUCUCUGCCAUUGGUUCUCUUGCUCAGUCCACUAGAUUUUUAUCUAACGGCAAUGACUGUGAGUCUGCCCUAGACCUCAGUAUUGGGAAAAACCAUAGCUCAACAACGGCAACUUUCUCAAGUAGUAAGACAUCUAUACAAAAGACUAAUUUGCUUGACGGUCUUGGAUUAAGGCCAACUACAGUUGGCGUCCCUGCAGAUGGCAGUCUUAUUGUUGUUCAAGUGAAGCCUGAUACUGCCAUAACAAUUCCAAAUUCCAGCAACAGUACAAUUCUUAACUGCAAUAACUUGGCCAAAACUAGCACUGUGUUCAUGAGGGCAGCCGAGAAAGUCAGUUCCUCUAUGACAGAAAAGGAGAAAGAGAGCGACAAGAUGAGGGACCCUAAGCGAUCGAAUAGUCGGCGGUUUAGGGACAUGAGAAGGUCCAGGACUAUCAUUCAAGCUGACCAGUUGGAUGUGCUUUAUGGGUGUUAUUUUAAAGACCCAAACCCAGGAAAGCAUGAAUUUGAACAAAUAUCAGAGUGGGUGCAUCUGCCAAAGAAGGUCGUUCAGAUUUGGUUUCAGAAUAUGAGGGCAAGGGAGCGCAAGGGGGAGGUACGCUUCAUCAGCGACGGCACCUUGGCAGCUGUUGGUAAACCACUCAUAAAGUUCACUUGGCCGCUAACUAAGCCCAUCUUUUCAAGUACCCCCAAAUCAAACCCAAGCCCCAACAAUCCUGGCUGGGUUUCUCCCAAACCACAAACAGGAAUUGUUCUUCCAAAGGUGGAAAGGAUUAAAGAGGAAAAAGAACCACAGAAAAUCUCCAUCCAAGUUUUGAACAAGCCAAAGGAGGUGGCAUCUACUACUGUCGUCAGCAGUACAUCAGCAGCACUCAAGCCCAAAGGUGAAGCAGUAACUGCAGUUACGAUGGUUAAAAUCGCUCCCAAGGCUGUGGCCCCAGCAGUUUCGGUUGGUAUCCUAAGUGCUGGGUCGUCUAUUGCUCGAAUCCCCCCGAAGAUCCAGGCUAAAACGGAACGACCCGAGGAGAAGGAUGGUCAAGACAAAGAAAAAGUUGUCCCUGUGGCUACUCACAUCACGGUGCCAAAAGUGUCCACUACACAAAUGAACAAAACUCCCACUGCAACAUCUCAGAAACACAAUGGGCUGAGUUACUGGUCUCAAAAGGGUCAUUUUAAGAUUAAUACCCUGUCAAGGGAACAGCUGGGCCUAAGUACCCCAAGGCCUACACUCACUACCCCUGCUGUAACGCCCUCUGUAACAGUCAAUACAACGCCAUCCACUCAAAGCCAAAAGGAAGCAAGUUUCACACCGCAACACUCCACACCAAGAAGACCGCGAACGCACCUGAACUGUCUACAGUUGUCAAUCCUGCAGUCCUGCUAUGAGACCUGUGCUCACCCUAAUGCAUUAGAGUGUGAAGCUGUGGGAACAGAGCUUGGUCUGCCACUUAAAGUGGUGCAGAUUUGGUUUCAAAACACACGUGCCAAGGAGAAACGCUGGAGACUGCAGCAAGAAAAAAUGUCUCCCAAUUCCACCGACCCUUCCAAGAAGAUAGACAUAAGCUCGGGCAGUUACCUGCAGUACAAUGCGCUCAGAGCUAACCGGCCUAUCCUGCCCAAACCAGUACAACUGACAGUCCUGGAACCCCCUCUACCAGCUUCUGUGGGCCAGCCUGCGGGCCGCGAGACACUAAAAGGCAAAUGUGAAGCUUGCGACGUGGAAUUUGAGUCGAGGGCUGCAGCACGUGACCAUGUCUUCUCUCCUCGGCACUUGGCCACACUGAGAACCAGUAACUUUGGUCAGCCGGCAACACUAGUCAACAACAGCUCAUCUGCCGGAUCUACUGGCAUCGCUAGCCAGUCUUCUUCCACAUCACCAGCUAGCAGCACCAGCUAAGGAACGGACAUGAUACUGGUGCACUUGAUGAACCCACUUCUGCUCUUAAGCUUUUAACAGAGAAAGGGUGCUUGUCCUCACAAGCUAAUGUUUUUUGAGUCUGCAGUGGGCCCAAAGAACUCCACUUUUCUGCUGCCUGCCUGGACCGUCAGCAGGACAACGUUUUUUGGUUCUAAGCAAGAACGUCUUUCAGUGACCUAUUGCCACCACAUGAAAUCACUAAAAAAAUAUCCAAUGAAAUGGUAAUACUGGACAUGCAAAUUUGCUCAUGCUUAUGUGGUAUUGGUCCUUUUUAUGUCUUUCACGGCUUUUAUGUCUGAGUUUUUAAAUAUCUGUUUUUUUGUUGUGCUCGUUUAUUAUCCUCUCAUGCUUUUUCAAUCAAACUCCUUUAUCUGAUUUGGGAGAAACUUUUCAGCCUUCGCCUUUGCAGAAGUGACCAGGAUCGACCACGGUACCACUUUUGCUUAGCGACGAGGGUCUCUUCACAUCUUCAGUCUGAUUCCGGUCAUUUUUUGUAUAUUUUAUCACGUUCUUAUUCAAAGUUUAAUGUAAAUCGUUGGACAUAAAUGGGAGUUUUACAACUGAUGAAUUGAGUUGGAUAAUGGAUACGACUUUAACUGUAAAAAAAAAAAGGCCCAUAGUUCAGGGAUGGGCUGUUAAUGAGAGAGAACACAAACUAUAUAAAGAAAGCUUACACGGUCCUAAUGGAUUAGAAUACAGACUUUCUAUCAAACAAAUAACUAUAGAAGCUGUUGAUGAUGCAGCGGCUCCUCCAUUUACCUAAAUGGAUCCACCAUGACAAUCCUACAUUAGAGCUCCGCUUGCUAAAGCUAAAGAUGUCAAACGGCCAUCAUACAGCACUUUGUUCCUUUUAAGGUCUGAAACAUUUUAAGGUUUUCAUGUUGCUCUGAAUAAACAGUUGAUUUAUAGUGGUGUCUUACUGUAUGUCAGAUAAUGCUGAAGUGUUACCAGCUCUAAUUUUCUUUUUUUUUUUCUUUUCUUUAAAUUACCUUGAGCUGCACAUGAGCUAAAAAUGGACAAAAUGUAUCAGACCUAGCCGCUGUGCAAAAAGCCAAAGUCAAUUCUAUAAUAUACUUUUAGCGCAAUUUUAAAUGGUUUUGAUAUAGGAUGUCAAAAAACAUACGAUAAACUUCCCACUUCAAAGAUCCCUUUCAAGUUGUCAUAACCCUAGCGUGUCAGAGUUACUUCUUAUUUACAGUAUAAACCCCUUUUUUGUGUGAAUAUGGGAGAGUACAGUCAUUCGUGGAACCCUUUUUACCCCCUGCCUUUAUCAUUGUGUUAAAGCAUUUUACAUGGGCACGGAUCAAGUCCUUGUACUGGGUUGUGGUCAUAUGGUAAUUUUUUAUUUAAACUAAUGCCUCUCCACUUUUCUCCUUAUGGACAGUUUUGAGGUACUCUUCAGUGACUCUAGUCACUGUGAUGAACGAAAUUAACAGCAGCGCGUAUGAAAGUGUGAUCUGAAGGACAUGAAAUACUAAAGAGAAUUAAUUUCUGGUUUUAAGUUGUAUAUUAUAAUGAUUAUUAUUAUAAUGAUGUUAUUAUUAAUAGUUUAACACAAUGCAAAACUAAACAAAGUAACUUUUUUAAAGGAACUAUAUUAAGAUAAUGGUAUUCCAAAGUUAUUCUUUCCUUGUUUUCUGUCACUGAAGUAAAACCAAAAAGCAUUUUGAGGUUAAAGGAGUUGGGAAGAGGUUUGUAAUGCAACAUGGAUAAGGACACUUUGAGGUCACUUCCAGGACUUUUUACACACUGAGCUGCAAGCCGGGUGCAUUUUAACCCACAUGAGGUGGAGCGCUCGAAUGUGCAGUUGUUUUUAACGCACCUCCGAAACUCUUUCAUAUAACAAUAACACUCAGUGUGGAGCUGUAGCUCUGGAUGCAGUGCAUGAAUGGGAUCACAUGGUGUUGCACUGUUCAAAGUGGAUAGGUGAUAUAGAAGCCUGCUUUUUUUAUUUUUCAUUAACACUUAUCACAUGUUAACUACUACUUGCUAUUGUUUUCAUUACUAUCACUGUUUUGAUUAUUAUUGUUGAUUCAUAACGGUUUUUAAUAGCAUCUCUAUCUUCACUGAGAUGGUCUCGGUAUACUGAGCAAUGAUGGUGACAGUGUUGUUAUGAAAUACUAGUUUAUUGUUUAAGCUUGUUUUUCCCCUUACUUGUACCUUCAUUUUGUGUUGGAUCUCCAUUUUUUUCUUAUACAGAAAAAUAAACUGAACUUCAUUUAGUGA